CAUUAACGUCAGCUCAGCUGAGUGAUUUUUAAGGUUAUAUUAUUUUGAAAUUACAAUAUUGAAUAAAACAAGUUUUAGUUUUGAAUUAGACAAGCAAAGGCAAUCAAAAUGUCUAAGUCUGUGUCUAGAUUGAAGUCAAUGAAAAAAGUAGGUGACAAAAUUAUUCACUCCACUAAACUUGUAACCAAUAUUCCUGCGGGUAUGGCUGCUGCAGGUCCUCCUUUAGGGCCUAUGUUAGGACAGCGUAACAUUAACAUUGCAGCUUUUUGUAAAGACUUUAACGAGCGUACUGCUAGUAUAAAACCUGGUAUUCCAUUACCCACUCGUGUGAAAGUGAAUGCUGAUAGAUCAUAUCAAUUAGUGAUACAUCAACCUCCCGCUAGUUAUUUCCUGAAGCAAGCUGCUGGUGCUAGCCGAGGAGCUAUGGAACCAGUCAAAGAGAUAUGCGGGAAAAUAACACUUAAGCAUAUAUAUGAAAUAGCAAAAAUCAAGUCUCAAGAUCCAACUCUCGAAUGGAAACCAUUGAAAGAAGUUUGCACCAUGUUAAUAGCUACGGCCAGAACAUGUGGUAUUGAAGUAGUCAAAGAAUUAGAUGCCAAGGAGUACGGUCAAUUCCUUGAAGAUAGGAAAAUGAUAAUAGAGGAACAGAAGAAAUUGUUACAAGAAAGAAGAGAAGCCAAAAUGUUGAGGACUGCUUGAAUUUAAAGUGUUUAGAUUUAGGGUAGGCUUUUUAGUUUUAAUGUUGAUACAAAAAUAAAUUAUAAGAAAAAUA